UGAUGACAAUUUUAUUAUUUUGACAAAAAACUUAUCAAUAAAUAUUGUAUUUUACAUAAAUAAAAAUCAACAAAUAUAUUUCUUUAGUAUAAUUAAUCAGUAAUUAAUCGAUUUGAAAUAAACAAAAUUAUAUAAUAUCAUUUAUUUUUUAAAUUCGUUUAAACUAAAAAAUAUGCAAUGGACCCAUGGACCCAGUGAUGGACCUUUCGAUUUUUAGGACUGAUGUUGGAGAGUUAGCAAUUUGAAAAUAUGUUUUUUUGGAGAUACAAGACAUGCCCUUUUGUAUAAAAAAUGUCUCGAAAUGAUUGAUGGAUCUACCAAAAUAAUAACGGAUGAGGUCUUACACCAUGACAAAAAGACUAUGGAGGAGGUACCAGAGGAGUGGGCGCCGUGGAGCCUGGUCGUGGCCACCAAAAACCCUAACGCGCCUCCUCCCGUCACUGUCAGCACCGCACCAGGUCCAGCGUGGGAUAUUGGACAGGUAAUGAAAGCAGCCCGUCUUCUCUGCAAGCCCCCGAUGCCUGUGAACUUCGAGGAUGAACAGGAAAUGCGAUGUGUCUACUCGCUCAUCUAUGACGUGUUUCGAUAUAAAUCAAUCCUGGACCAAGCAAUAGAAGACAUUGAUUUUUUUGGCGAUUAUCCACAGCUAUUAGAUCACAGACAUUCGACAUGGCUGUUCUUAAUGGAGCUAGCCAGACGCCGAUGGGUAUCGAGGCCGCGAGCAGAGGUGGAGCGUGCUAAGCUACUGCUGGACCAAGCUGGACACCCCUUCAAGGAUGUAGAAGCCGCUAUAUGGGAUGAAAGAGUCCACUUUGCAGCGGCCAUUGCCAGAAUACGGAUUAAAAAUAGGGCUUUCACGUUAUCGGAUCUCUUACCAGCACACUUACGUGAAGAGCGUAUAUCUGCUUGCGUCAAUAAGGACACUGUUACAGGAUGGGUGAACACGUUCAAAGAGAAAAAAGUUGCUGAGCUAGUCAAGAGGCUCCAUGAGUCUGGAUAUUCAUACAGCAAUUCGCGUCAGCUCUGCGCUGGAGAAUACAGAUUUGAUCGCGUCUGUCCAAGAUUCAUCACCCUCCGUCCACCAGCUAAUGUCAGCGUCGGACAAUUGGAUUUGGUCAAGAAUGGAAUAAUAGUUUUGCAGGAACGCGAGUUCUGCGAAGGUGCAUCUACCCUAUGCCGCGCUCUUCGUGCCAACGCACUGCGCGGGGUAGUUGCACAAACCCACGCCUCGUCACCUCGUUGCUCCGCGUACCUAGCCGCACAGUUGAAGGAGCUGGCUGCUAUACUAAAAGCUGAAACACCGGCUGCGCCCGUUACUCCUGAACUGGGGAAACUGGUUGUGUUUGGCGCUGGAGACAAGGUAGGAAGCUACGUAUGCGCAUUACGAGAACUUGGCAUAGAGGCAUCAGAACUACCACAGUCCAGCGCCUCGGUGUGUGUUGUGAGCGACCAUGUGCACGUCGAUACGCCAACAGUGGCCAAUGCACUUGAGGGCGUAGUGGCCGUGUUGGCCACACCGCCCAACUCUUACUCGGCCGUCACAGAUCCUAUUGACUUGGUUUGUGGUAGAGGAGGCGAUUUGGCCAUGCUUGAGAUACUAACAGAAUCCGAAAUCGACUCUACUGGAAAGGCCCGCGUGCAGUCUAUAUUGGAAGAGCAAAAGAGAACGUUAAAAACUCUACUAUCUAAACCUCAGAUCCAGUUGAUAAUAUACGAGACGCAUUCAGCCCUGGAGGCAGAGAAUGAGGCCCAAGUGACUCGCGCUGUGGCUGAAGCCAACCGAUUGGCGCGUGAGAGGCACUCGUUGCUGAAGAAAAAAAAUAGGGAUCACUCUACACCAAAGUUUAAAGAAGUUACGGAAACAAUAAUAACCGACUCUUGCACGUCGUUGGACCAAACUGGCUCGCGAUCCGACCUCGACAAGGCAGACCAAGAGGACCAAGAUCCAAACGAUAGCCCUCCACAGAAAAGACCUAUGUCUUCACCCCCCACCACCGCAAGAGCAGGGGGCACAGAAGGGGUAGUACUACUGAAGAAGAGAGCUGAAAGUGCCGAUGUUUCUAUACGCCCAGGGCAGUUUAGUACUAAAGCGAGGCCCAUUCCUGAAAGGCAAGUGGUUGAAAACGAACCAGUUCCCAGGGAUCCUGAUAAGGAUAGCCCAAAUGUUUUCGUACCCGAGUGUGAUUUAUUCGAAAUCCAAACGUUACCAUCUCUAGGAAACGGUCUGGACAUUAAUUACAUUUUGGACCGCGAUGGCUGCUAUUUGGGACUAAUUCAGAGGAAGGAGAUAACCCGGCUCGACGCGAAGUACAUGAUCCGCGUGGCGGAGGAGCGCGGGCUGUUCGGCGCGGCGCCAGGCGCGCCGUCCGCCGCGCAGCGCCGCAAGCGCGCCGAGCAGCCACAAGCGCAGCCCAAGCACAGGAAGCGGAAGGGCAACACUUUUGAGGUGCAACGUGUGGCGGCGCCCACCUAUGCCUCCCUUUCCCGUUCCAACCGGCGUUGCUCCGCGCCUGCCUGCUUGCCCGAGGCGGGCGAGUGCCUCGAGCCGCUGCGCGUGUGCUCCAGACAUGUGCGCAGACAAGCCGCCGCCGCCGCUAUCACCAUGGCGGCCUGUGUCUGCGAUGCCAGGCACAGACGCCGAAAUACUGAACGCCGCGCAUCAGCGGACGCGUCCGUGCCGCAUCCCUCCACCCCGCCCUGCCGCCGCCCCUUUCCGCUCGUAGUGCACGAGCUGCGACUCAAGAGAUUGUUGCCACCAAAAAUUGUUGUUUGAAAAAACAUAGACAUCUAAACUGCGUACAAACUGUUGUAUCGUGGCGUGUCGUAAUGCGAUCGAAGUCAGUUUUUAUAUGAAAACGAUCAUAUAAUGUUAUGGCAAGGGACGCGUUCCGAUUCAUCGUAAGCCAGAUACCUUCUCCGACAUAUCACAACAACACAUUAGUUUGUUAUCAACGAUAAAGCGUCUUUCAGGCUUCAGCCAAUAACCGGCUUCUGUUUGAGUUAGUGUAUUGACUAUUGAGUUAAAUAUUUGAGUUCACCAGACCAAUGGGUCUUAUUUAUUCUAUAGUAAAAUAGAAUUAAUAAGUAACUGUAAUUAUUUAUUUUAUACUUUGAAAAAAAAAAAUGUAACAAAUUCCUAUUUAUAAAGAUUUACAUACUUACAACAAAACCGAAAUUAAAAAUGGCUCAAUAAACAACUUUGUUUUAUUCGUAAAUCAAACAACAAUUCAUGUAUAAAUAAAACAAAUUUUAAUUAAUUAAUUAUAUCAAUGUUAAAAAUACGCCACAACUUUACUUUUGGCUUUACAACAAUAGGCAUUUGUUUGUCAUUGAUAUGAAAUAUACAAGAUAUACAAACAGCGAUAUUAUCCUGGCGAAAAUAUACUUAAAAAUAAAAAAUGAAAUAUGCGUCGAAUUCAGAACCGCCAUUUUAUUUUUGAAGUCUGUUAAACAUCUUCAAAAUAUAAGUACAUUAUUAAAGUAUAUCGUUAGGGCCGGGGUACAUAUGGCGGAGCGCAGCGCAGAGCAUUUUUCAGUCAAAAUAUUAUCGACAUUAUCCUCAUUGAAAUAAUAUCUAAAAUCAAUUGUGCAUCCGUGCGGAUACUCGCGCAUCCGCGCGCAAUCCCGAGCGUGCUCGCGCAUUAUCUGGUACAAAUUCAUGCGAUUAGAAAACUUCGCGGGCAUGCUCUGCGCUGCGCUCCGCCAUAUGGCGCCGGCCCUUAGGGUCAACGCAGUCACGGCCAGUGGCUUUUGACGGACAACCUAAUCUCGAUCUUAUCCCAGUUAAAUAGAGUUAUAGCAGAGUGAACUAGAGUGAGGCAACUCUCCGUUUGAUCCUGAAUCAACUAUAUGUGAAAUAUUAGGCUAUGUGUGAAAUCAAAGAAAACUAAGCGAUUCAUAUGCUACCUAGCGUCAAAUAUAGGAACAUUUGACGCCUGCUUUUUUUGUUUUGUUUCAAGUUACCCAACUGUCGUAGAGUGCGGUUGUAGUUAAUACACCGGAUAGAAUUUGUGACUGCAACAUAGUUCUUUUACUCGUGCUUUUAUAACUAAGCCGUAGGCCCUGAAGAGGCAAAUUCGCCACGAAUCAUUUCGCACGUUAACGUACGUUAAUUUACACGCGUAUUUUAAGUUCGCGCGAUGCUUGUAGAUGCAAUGUAUUGGCAUCCAGUAUCUUGCCAAUUUACCAAAUGGCGAAUUUAGCCCUUCAAGACAAAGGCGAAUUUACCCCUUCAAGAAGGCGAAUUUACCCCUUCAAGACCAAGUCUAAACCCUAACCGUAACUCUAUUCAAAAUGGAUAAAAUCGACAUUCAGUUAUCAGUCUGCUUACGGCAGACCCUUAUGAGGUUACUACUAAGGCUUGUUUUAAUUUAUCGCGUCAAUAGGAAAUGUAUUCGACGUGCGGGCGACUUUUAAAACGCAUGCCAUAAGGCCCGCAUAAUAUGUGAAACAAUAAUAAUUUCCAUUGGACUAUUCCCUACUCUUAUGUCUAGAAGUUCUAUAAUUUCCAUCAAUUGUUGAAUUUUGACUAGUCUUUAUUCCGUCGUGGGAGUCCUCGCACGCUACGUAUCGAUCGAGUUAUCGACCAAUGAAAAUGAGCAAUUAGCCAAAACAGUGAUCUUGAGACUUUUAAACACUAAUAUCAAAGACUAU